AGUCUGAAUGCUGGCGUCUACCUUAGACUCACGGGCAAUGGGGCUGCAUUGCAGAAUUAAUGGAGAAGGAAAAAUGAGCGGAUAUUGCUGGUUGCCCCGUCCGGACUCAUGUCAACACUGCUAUCUGCAUUUUAUUCAGUUGGGGCGGGAAGGAUCCAGGAUACCUUUAAUUACGACUAGCUUCAAAGCCACCAUACAGUGAGCAUGCUUUGGAAUUCAUCUUUUUAAGACUUCUCACAAAAAAGCAAACCCGCGGGGAGAGAGGACCGGAAAAGGCUUUAUUUGCAGCGGCAAUGGGAGGUGCUUUUGCAUACUUAAUGUUGGAGUGAACGCCCGGUGAUUGCUCUCCCUUUAAAACCAGAAAAGCCACUGGUGAUUCGAGACGGAGGAGAGAGGCGUAUCGGAGCAUAAAUUUCACAAACCAAAUCAAACCCAAAACUUAUCAAGCCAAACCCAAAUUCAUGCUAUUUUCAUGUAGGAUGGUUCCUGAAAAACAUGGAGUGGCCAAACGAAGAUAUAAAAUUUAUUAUUGAUGAGAGACUGGAUUUUAGUCAGUCUUCUUCUUUUGACGGACAAGAGGAGGAGGAAGAGGUCUCUGGCAUUUGCCCCACAGAAUCCAGUGAAACGUGUGCUGCCCAGUCAAUUGACACGAACAUUUUUGGGGGGGAGAGUGAAGGCAAGGCCUUGCUGUGGAGCCCUCUGAGUCCCGAAAAGCUAGAGGAGAUGAUGAGCGAAGCCAACAGGCUGGCUGCACUGAUGGAGGGGUGUGAGCUGCUGGAGAAGGAGAACGGCACCUCUGAGACGAGGCUUGAGAUGGUUCCAGAUUUUGAGCCUUUGCCCUCCAUUGAAUCUUUGCAUGCGGUGAGGAAGGACUCCAGGGCCGCCAGACGAAGGACAUUCAACGUGAGCAACAGCCCUUUGCAAGCCCUGCUGCCAACCGUUGGACCCGAAAGCUGCUGUUCUGUAGGUUCCCCCAAAGCUCCGCUUCCAGAGAUGGGAAGUCCUACUUCCUGUGUUGCAGACCCACCUGUUCCCAAAAGACGCCAGAAUAAAUCAAAUGCCUGCAUCCCCAACAACCAGCUCCCCAAGAAAUCCAGACCCAAUCAGCCACUCAAGUCACUGGCAGCAACGAAAUCUCUGGACAUUAAAAAGACAACUACCAGGUGCAGCAGGAAGGAAAGAUCAACUCCACCCACCCUUCCCACGCAAAAUAAGAAGCCCCUGCCAAGUCUGAGGCCUCCCCUUCAAACCAACAGGCAGGGACCUUGGAGGGAAACAGAGAAAUCUUCUGGCAAGGCCUCUUCUUCGGAGGGAUCCCAGCUUGGCCUUCAGGAUCCACCUAGCAAAGGUAAAAAACCAGUACCAUAUGCAAAAGCAAGGCUGGGCCCCAGGCUGGAUCCGCUGAAGACUGGUCCUGUGAAGAAGGCCUCUGUUGCUCCAGAAAAGGUGGCGCAUCUCCCAAAGGCAAAUGCAAGUCAGGUGACAAGUAUGGGUGGCAGCGCCCCACAAUUGCAGGCCAGCUACAAGCCUCACAGCAGUUGUCGUGAGAUUCGAACCAGGAACACGGCCAAGUCUGGGCUGGCAAGCAGACUGCCGGUGUUAAACUCUAACACGCCUGCAUUUCAACAGACAGUCCCUUCUGGCACUUCCCAGAACAGCAGGCUGCGACUGCCCAAGAAGGCAACCUCUGGCAAGUCGAGCCUUGCAGUGAACAGAUCUGGGGCUGGAUGAGUGUGAACCCACGGAGCAUUGCCUGCUCUUUCCCUUUUAACGACAUUCCUGGGUGCUUUUAACGUAUGGCCCAAACUUGCAUGGUGAAGGAGGAGCUGCAGCCUCGGAGACUUGGCCAAGGCUUUGCUGACAGAGAGAACCACACCUCCAUGAUCACUGGCUGAGGGCUGGUGGGAACUGGGAGUCAAAACGAUUACCUGGAGGGACUACAGGUCAGCCUUGUAGAAUCUCUGCUAUAUGAUUAGGUAUGUCUGUCUGUACUGUACUGAUUUUUGUUAAAAUAUAUACUUUUCUAAUAAAACAAAAUAUGCUUUUUUAAAAUAAAACCAAUGAGGAAACC